AUGAACAACAACGACGACUUUAUCUACGUCGUCCGCAUUAGCACAAGAAUCAGACUACCUGGCUUUAAACAACGCAAGCCAGCACAUUCGGGGAAGUCUGGGGUCCGUCGACCCUACUAUAUGAUUGUAAGAGCGUUUCUCCGUCUGGGUAGACAUUUAGUAGCAAAUACUACCAUGGAUAUAAUUUAUCCCCUUAAUUUAAUAGUGGAAACAUACUCGGCGCCCCUUUCGUCCUUAUCAGCACCGCUUCUCCCAUCAUCAUUGCCGGCAGCGUCAAUAGCAACAUUAGUUACUACAGCGAGGUACCGUUCACCGACACCUUACCCAGAAGAGUAUGAUUUAUGCAAGCUGGAGGAGGAACAGCGUGAAGCUGAUAUAAAUUUUGUUUUACUAUUUCAAAAGAGGUUGAAUUGUGAAA